ACGACAGUGCUGCGCUGGAAUACGACGUGGUGUCAGAGUGAAGUGCGGCCGUGAGGAGCAGACACCGGCACGGACUAAAGUGCACCUGGAUGUCACACCUGGACCUCCUGGACCACCUGCACACCACCUGGACCACCUGGACCACCUGCACCCCCCCGGGCGAACAGCAGUGACCCAUGUGGAGGUGGUCUGUGCCGGCCAGGAACAUAUUAAGAAGCAUUAGUGUUAGCCGUAAAGUGGCGUGUUAGCCUGCUGAGUUAGCCUGCUGAGUUAACCUGCUGAGUUAACCUGCUGAGUUAACCUGCUGAGUAGACAAGAUGGACUAUGACUUCAAAGUCAAGCUGACAGGAGAACGAGAACGUGUGGAAGAUUUGUUUGAAUAUGAAGGAUGCAAAGUAGGACGAGGAACAUACGGACAUGUUUACAAGGCCAAGAGGAAGGAUGGGAAGGACGACAAGGACUACGCCCUCAAGCAGAUUGAAGGCACUGGCAUCUCCAUGUCUGCUUGCAGAGAGAUUGCACUGCUGCGAGAACUCAAGCAUCCCAACGUCAUCUCGCUGCAGAAGGUCUUCCUGUCGCACGCCGACCGCAAAGUGUGGCUGCUGUUCGACUACGCCGAGCACGACCUCUGGCACAUCAUCAAGUUCCACAGAGCCUCCAAGGCCAACAAGAAGCCACUUCAGCUCCCCAGAGGGAUGGUCAAGUCCCUGCUCUACCAGAUCCUGGAUGGCAUCCACUACCUGCACGCCAACUGGGUCCUCCACAGAGACCUGAAACCAGCCAACAUUCUAGUGAUGGGGGAGGGGCCUGAGCGGGGCAGAGUAAAGAUCGCCGACAUGGGCUUCGCCCGUCUCUUCAACUCACCACUGAAGCCUUUAGCCGACCUGGACCCGGUGGUGGUCACCUUCUGGUACAGGGCACCGGAACUGCUGCUGGGCGCCCGCCACUACACCAAAGCCAUCGACAUCUGGGCCAUCGGCUGCAUCUUUGCCGAGCUGCUGACGUCCGAGCCCAUCUUCCACUGUCGCCAGGAGGACAUCAAGACCAGUAACCCUUACCAUCAUGACCAGCUGGACCGCAUCUUCAAUGUCAUGGGCUUCCCUGCUGAUAAAGACUGGGAGGACAUCAAGAAGAUGCCGGAACACUCCACGCUGAUGAAAGACUUCAGGAGGAACACGUACACCAACUGCAGCCUGGUCAAGUACAUGGAGAAACACAAAGUCAAGCCGGACAGCAAAGCCUUCCAUUUGCUGCAGAAGCUGCUGACCAUGGACCCCAUUCGUAGAAUCACGUCGGAGCAGGCAAUGCAGGACCCCUACUUCUUGGAGGAGCCGCUGCCCACCUCAGAUGUGUUUGCAGGCUGUCAGAUUCCUUACCCCAAGAGGGAGUUCCUGACGGAGGAGGAGCCUGAGGACAAGGCAGACAAAGUAAGACAGAAGAACCAGCAGCAGCAGCAAGGAAACAACCACACUAACGGGGCGGGGCACACGGGCAACCCCGACAACAGCCACGCCCAGGGCCCGCCUCUGAAGAAGGUGCGCGUUGUCCCGCCCACCACUACCUCAGGUGGCCUCAUCAUGACCUCAGACUACCAGCGCUCCAAUCCACACGCGGCCUACCAGAACCCCGGACCCAGCACCUCACUGCCCCAAAGCAGCAUGGGAUACUCCUCUACCUCCCAGCAGCCGCCGCAGUAUUCCCACCAGACACACCGCUACUGAAGAUGGCCGCCCAGACCACGUGACUGUUGAAGGACGCCCCAGCACCAGCACCACCGCCCCCCUGCUGCUUCAACUCGGACCCAAGAAUCCUCUGGUCUACGCAGGAGCCCACUGAAAACGCUGCUACUUCCACGUCCUCUCUGUGUGGCCCCAGCUGAGGUGCAGUGAAGCAUGCUGGGACACGGCCGUGGUGUUGACAAUUCAUUUCAUCCCUUUUCAUGGCCUCUUGUGCCAUGGACCGGCCUUAUGGAGACAGGAUGGUACUGCGUUGUAGGGACAUAUUUUACACGUAUCCUCACAAUAAAACUGCAAACUGUCUGUUCUCA